CUGUGCCUAUAAAUAAACACCACUCAGCCUGGUGUAAAACCCCUCAAGAUUCAUACAAAAGCAUCAGUGCAGAUAUCAGACAUGGUUAAGAUGAUGUUGGUUUUCUUGGUGGCUCUAGUUCUGAGCACCAACCCUGUGAAAGCAACUGAUUGUUUAAGUGUCUUUGCUAGUAUGUCUCCUUGCAAAAGCUAUCUAGGCAACUCUCACCCUAUCAUGCCCAGCACUCAAUGCUGCGAUGCUGCUAGUAACGUGGUCGGCAUUGCAGAUACUGAGAGUUUGUGCCAGUGUUUAAGGCAAAGCCCCACUAGUUCCAGCUUUAUCCCAUCCAAAGCUCAACAACUUCCUAGUCUCUGCAACCUUAACAGCUUCGUGCCCCUCACCAACUGCCUUGUCCCGUCUGCAGAGAACGUUUUCCCUCUGCCGCUAGAUACUCCCCUUCCACCACUGGUUCCAUUUCCCCCUCUGCUUCCUGCGGUCCCGCUUCCCCCUCUGUUUCCGUUUCCGAUUCCCCCUCUGGUCCCAGUUCCGGUUCAGCCUGUCCCGCUUCCCCCGUUGAUCCCCAUUCCAGUUCCUCCGGUCGCAUAAAUCCAUGUAGCAGCAGGCGGAAAAACUGGAAUCUGUUUUCCUUUUAUUGAUUUGUUGGAUUUUAUGGUCAGCUGAUGAUGAUAAGAAUUUUGAAAUGUUUUAUCGACAGAGUUUGAGGGGAACUCUUGUAAUAUUAUCCAGCUCUAUGGUAUUUGUACCUUCUGGCUAUACCAACCAUCACUAAUGGGAAGAAGAAAGCCUCACCGUUGAUUCAAUUAUCAUCUUUGCAAUAAAAACUAAGCCCAGAAAACAAAUUCAGCUCUGUGAACAAAUAAAAAUAUGGAAUCACCAAAAAGAAGUGAUGCAAUUCUCUAUCAUACAACUGAUGAGACACUCACUGUGUUCAACAAGGUCGCAGACAGAGUACAUACGGACAACAAACUAAUUUGACAUGAUAUAUUUCCUAAGUAUAUGCAAGUGUUUCAGAUCAGAUUUAAGGCUGUCGCAGGUAAUCACUCAAUCAACUCCAAAACAUAG